GGCAAAAACAGCGGCCGAUUUUCAGCAACAAAUUCCAUUGUAUUCCUUUUUUGCCACACUCCUAAUAGAAAAAAAGUGAAAUAUGUCGUUCGUUAAGAAUGCCCGUUUCUUGGCCGCACGCGGCGCUCGCCUUGCCCAGUCCCGGGCCUACUCGGACGAGAUGAAGCUGACCUUUGCUGCUGCCAACCAGACCUUCUACGAUGCCGCCGUGGUCCGCCAGAUCGAUGUUCCCUCCUUCAGCGGAGCCUUCGGCAUUCUGGCCAAGCAUGUGCCCACAUUGGCUGUGCUGAAGCCAGGUGUUGUCCAGGUUGUGGAUAACGAUGGUAAGACCACCAAAUACUUUGUCUCCAGCGGCUCGGUGACCGUCAACGAGGACUCUUCCGUUCAGGUGCUGGCCGAGGAAGCUCACAAUGUUGCGGACAUUGACGUCGCCGAGGCCAGACAACUGCUGAGCAAAUAUCAGUCCCAGCUGAGCUCCGCUGGUGACGACAAGGCCAAGGCAGAAGCUGCCAUUGCCGUCGAAGUCGCUGAGGCGUUAGUCAAAGCUGCCGAAUAGACGUAAUCACAACCACACACAACACCCAAAAGCUAAGGCAUUGCGUUUAAAGUAAAUAGAUACACAACAUAACUGAAUUGGUGGCCAAUUUCAAAAGCUGGCUGACAUCCCACGUUAUGAAACAAUAAAAGGCGAAUUAUAAUAUCGAACUAA